GGUGCAUCUGCAGACUAAGACCUCCAAGUGCGACAGUCGCUCCAGCACCACAAUGCUUCUGUUUGCCUGCAUGACAUAGCAAGCCUGGCUCUUCUCUCCUUCGGACCUGCCGUGUCCACACCGUCCUUAGCCCUUGCUGGUGCGUGGCGCAGGAGGAGGAGGCGGAGGAGGGUGCACCGCAUGGAGAAGGUCCAAGAGGGAUAGCGAGAGACAGCUGCAGAGGAGCUUCUGUCCGCAGGCAUCCGCUGCUCGGACGGCCUUGCAUGGAGGAGACAUCAUGGCUACGUUUGUGUGCAGGGUGCAGUUCUUGGAUGAUACUGAUCCUUUCAACAGCACCAACUUCCCGGAGCCCAGCAGACCUCCCGUGUACACGUUCAGGGAAGAUAUUCCUCUCAUAAAUCAGAUUGCUGGUGUCCACAGGCUGCUGAAAGCCCCACACAAGCCUGAUGACUGUGCUCUGCAGUUGUCCCACAAUGGAAGCUAUCUGGACUUGGAGUCCACUCUGGCAGAGCAAAAAGACGAACUGGAGGGAUUUCAUCAAGACGGCGGGAGAGGGAAAAAACACAGCUUUAUACUUCGAACGCAGCUGUCAAUCAGAGUCCACGCCUGCAUCGAAAAACUGUACAACUCCACUGGAAGGGAGCUGAGGAGAGCCCUCUUUUCCCUCAAGCAGAUAUUUCAGGAUGACAAGGACCUGGUGCACGAGUUUGUGGUGGCCGAGGGACUGACGUGUCUGAUUAAAGUGGGAGCUGAAGCCGACCAGAACUACCAGAAUUACAUCCUCAGAGCUCUUGGACAGAUAAUGCUGUUUGUGGACGGCAUGAAUGGCCUCAUCAGCCAUAAUGAAACAAUCCAGUGGCUCUACACCCUCGUUGGAUCCAAGUUCCGUCUGGUGGUGAAGACAGCCUUGAAGCUCCUGCUGGUGUUUGUGGAGUACGCAGAGUCUAACGCCGCCAUGCUCAUAGAGGCUGUGAAUGCUGUCGAUGCCAAAAGUGGUAUAAAACUAUGGAGGAACAUCAUGGAGAUCUUGGAUGAGAAGGAUGGAGUCGAUACGGAACUGCUGGUUUAUGGAAUGACACUCGUCAACAAGACGCUGGCAGGUCUCCCUGACCAAGACUCCUACUACGACAUGGUGGACUGUCUGGAGGAGCAAGGUAUCGAGGUGGUGACACAGAGACACCUGAGCAGGAAGGGUACCGAUCUGGACCUGGUAGAGCAGUUAAACAUCUACGAGACGUCUCUCCGGCAUGAAGACGGCGACGACGAGACGCACCUACCUCCCAGCGGCAAGAAAGAUCGGCGCCGGGCGAGUAUGGGCGGCACCAACGAGCGGCGCGGCCUGGAGAGACGACGCAGCCGCAGACAUUCGCUCCAAAACAGCAGAGGUCACGCCUCGGCCCCAGCGUCGCCCUGCAGCCCCCACGGCAACGGCUUACUACCCUUUGGUGGUCAACGUGUUGAAGACAUCACUGAAAGAGACGAGGAGGACGAAGGAGAGGAGGACGAGGAGGAAGAGUCAGAUGAUGAAAGUCAUCCAGACACUGAGUCCUUUAGGCAGGAAACUUGCAGUGUGACAGAAACAUCUAACCCUCUUAGAAAAAGCUGCUGGGCUGAAAGGAUUACUUCCAAUGGAAGUCCGUAUCCAGGCAGGCACCAAAACCCAACCACCCCCAGCCCUCGCUUCACUAGUACGGCGACCUGCACACCAGAGUCCAAAGCUGACCGACCUGCUAUCGGAGGCUUGCUGAGCUCGUCAUACAGACAACAUCAGGAGUCUCUGGCUGCAGAGAGGGAGAGAAGACGUGUGGAGCGAGAGGAACGUCUGCAGAGGAUCGAAAGGGAGGAGAGGAAUCGCUUCAAUCGAGAUUUCGUCGGCAAAAGAGAAGAAGCAAGGCAAGCCAGAGAGGAAAUGUACAAGGCUGUUGAGAGGCUAGCGGCCGAGGAGUUUGAGCGAGAGCGACCCAGGGUGCCAGUAAGAGGCCGCACGGAGAUCACGCUGUGUUUGAGUUCCAAUCCCGCCGUCCGCUCAGCGUCCCGCUGUGUCACAACAUCGUCCAUCGUCUCACAGCAAGACAAGGCACCCGGUACUCCGCAGAUGGCGGGGACACCCUUCAUUCCUGAGUCAAAACUUGACCCGGCGGCCAGAACCAAGAGUCCAGCAUCGGAGUUAAAUACUUCAGAACCUUGUCCUUCACCUCCCUCGCAACCAAAUAUGGCUGCAACAGAGCAGCCAGGAGACACGGAGGAUGUUGCUGAGACUCAAGCAGAUCAGAAUGUACUUGUGGAGCCAGAGGAGUGUGGAGAGGGAGGAGUGGAGAAGCUCGAGGAGCAGGAAGGAUGUGAGACAGGGAGAGACUUAGAAGAUCAGGUGGAAGUAGCUGAUGUAGCAGACGUAUGUAGUGUAGUGGUGGAUGUAGUAGAUGUGGAAUUGGAGGACUGUGAGAAGGAGCGGACGAUAGAGAGGGAGGUGGAGAAGAAUGUAGUGCUGAGCGAGAAGGAGAGACAGAACGAAGAAGUGAACGAGAAGGACAACUGCUCGGCGUCCAGCAUCUCGUCCACCAGCAGCACUCUGGAGAGGGAGGAGCGCGAGGAAAGGCUGAAAAAUGACCUUGACGCAGGCCAGUGGAAGGACCCCGGGGAAAACGACAUCCUCAACAACAAGCGCUUCAUGCUGGACAUGCUCCACACGUCCAACAAGGAGGACGCGGAAGGCGAGAUGGAGAAGGACAAUGAAUGUAAAUGUGAAAAGGACACGCAGGUGUCCAGCUUGGUAUGCAGGAUCUCCACAUUGGAGGCACACAGACAGGCAAGAGAAGAAAAUGUGAAGAAGACGGAGGUGGGUCACCUGGACAAGCAUGGUGUGGUGCGCGCGGUGGCGGGGAAGUUUGGAGACCUGGUUAAAGGUCUUGCGUCUGCCACCGAGGUGGAGGCUGCAAAGGAGGUGCAGCAGACGGACAAAUCGUCCAGUAGCGUCUCUCAGAAGAAGGAGUCUGACCAAAUCUGGGACCAGCUGAUGGCCACGCCCAAGGAGCUACGCAUCAAGGAGAUGGAUUUCACCGACCUGCGGGAUGAGGACGACAUGGAUAUUCUAGAUCUGAACAACAUGAUGGGGGCGCGGGAUCUUGUCCCACCGCCGCCGCCUCCUCCGCCUUGCAACGCCGCUCUGCCGCCGCCCCUCUUUCAGUGUCCCCCGCCCCCUCCGCUCCUCGGCAAAAUGAUGCCCCCGCCUCCGCCGUUCAUGGCGCCCGUGCCGCCACCUUCCCCGCAGCUGAGUCGGGGGGAGGUCCCUCUGUUCCUCAAGAAGAAGAAGACCAUCCGGCUCUUCUGGAACGAGGUGCGCCCCUUGGAAUGGCAAUGUAAGAGCCAUAAGUUCUGCAAGGAGUCUCUGUGGUGUAAACUUGAGCCGCUUAAAGUGGACACCUCCAAGCUGGAGCAGCUCUUUGAGUCCAAGUCUAAGGAGCUUCCUGUCACCAAGAAAGCGGCGGGUGACGGCAAAAGGCAAGAAAUCAUAGUCCUGGAUUCCAAACGCAGCAACGCCAUAAACAUCGGUCUCACUGUCUUGCCGCCUCCUCGCACCAUCAAGACGGCCAUCCUCAACUUUGACGAGUACGCACUGAACAAAGAAGGCAUUGAGAAAAUCCUGACCAUGAUCCCCACGGAGGAGGAGAAGCAGAGGAUCCAGGAGGCUCAGCUGCUCAGUCCGGACAUUCCCCUGGGCAGCGCCGAGCAGUUCCUCCUCAUCCUCUCCUCCAUCACCGAGCUGUCGGCCCGCCUGCAGCUGUGGGCCUUCAAGAUGGACUAUGAGCUUAUUGAGAAGGAAGUGGCUGAGCCUCUCCAGGACCUUAAAGAAGGGAUGGACCAACUGGAGAAAAACAAGACCCUGCGCUACAUCUUGACCACUCUGUUAGCCAUCGGCAACUUCCUUAAUGGCACCAAUGCCAAAGGCUUCGAGCUGAGUUACCUGGAGAAAGUCCCCGAGGUGAAAGACACGGUUCACAAGCAGUCCCUACUGCACCACACCUGCUCCAUCGUGGUCGAGAAGUUUCCGGACAGCUCCGAUCUUUACUCCGAGAUUGGAGCCAUCACCCGCUUGACUAAGGUGGACUUUGACCAGCUUCAAGACAAUCUAGCUCAGAUGGAGCGAAGGUGCAAAGCAUCAUGGGAUCACCUCAAGGUCAUCUCCAAACACGAGAUGAAGCCGGCAUUGAAACAAAAGAUGUCCGACUUCCUUAAAGACUGCGCGGAGAGGAUUAUUAUUUUAAAGAUCGUACACCGGCGGAUCAUCAACAGGUUUCACGCCUUCCUGCUGUUCCUGGGCCACCCCGUGUACGCCGUGCGCGAGGUCAGCAUUCACCGCUUCAGCAAGAUCCUGAGUGAGUUUGCCCUGGAGUACCGCACGGCCAGGGAGCGGGUGCUGCAGCAGAAGCAGAAGAGAGCCAACCAUCGAGAAAGAAACAAGACCAGGGGGAAAAUGAUCACAGAUAGCGGUAAAUUCGGAGGCCCACAGCCCGACGCACACGAGAGCCAACCUCAAGGCAUUCAGUACGCUGAGGAUGCCGCCGAGCACCAGAACAUGAAGGCCGUGCUGAAGAGCAGUCUACAGAGCGACGGAGACAUUGAGACGUCCACCAUGCCGGGCCUCCGCGCUCGCACGCGACCAGGCAGCACUAAAGGCCGAGUCCCUCCGUGGUGCGUGGCCAACGAUGACGCCGUCAACUGCACAGACGACACAGCUGACGAGAUCAUGGAGCGAAUUGUGCGCUCAGCCACUCAGGGCCCCAGCCAGAGAACACAACCUCGCGAGAGGCGGCGCUCAAGAGUCAAUCGCAAAUCACUGAGGAGGACGCUAAAGGGUGGUUUGACGUCAGAAGAGGCCAACAUCACGGGCUUGUCCAGUGGUUCUGACAUGCAGGUGUGAACAAGGAAACGCAGCUUGUUUGUGUGACCCUAAAAGCUAUGCGAAUGCACUGCUUGAACCCUCUUUGAACUGCACUCUAAGAGCACCUAAACGCAUCAUUCUGUGGUCGAAAGUUGUUUGGGGGUCCCAGAGAUGUUAUUGUGUUCGAUACUACUGUGUGUAUCUGCAGAAGGUGCACGGUCUGCUAUCACUAGAAUGUGAACUCAUGGACAAAACAUUUCACACUAUAAUCCACUAUAAUGUGUAAAAUGCACAUUUCAGUGCCUUUGUCACAUUUAUUUAUUUAAAUAAAAGGGCAGAUCACAGAUGUGAUUUAGUUGUAAUCCAUUUUUUCAAGCCUCUUUGCAUUCAAUUAUAAAGAAGCUACGAAUAUUUAUGACAACUGACCCAUUUUUUGCCUUAGAUUUACUUGAAAGGCUCCACAACUGAAGCACUCCUCUUUAAACAUUGAAUGUGAACAUUAUUAGUGACAUGAUGCACAUUUAUAUUAAAGUGAAAAGGGAUUAUUUUAUAAUGAAAAAAAUGUAGGUCUGUUGUCGUCUAAUUUGAUGUUUCAAAAUGAUGUUUUUUUUCCCCCCAUGAAGUUUUAAUGGAAGCAUAGCCAUUAAAAAAAUAAGGCGCCAGCAGCAGUGGAGUAUUCAGCACCUUAGAUUCCAAGUGUCGCAUUGAACUUGUCUUUACAAGCAGACCGAUUUGUAAAGUCAGUUAGGCCAUAAUAUAAAAUGUGUGUAGAACAGUGUAAUAUAGACAAAAGCAGUAUUCUAAAUAUAAUUUAAAGCAGGCCGUGCUGUUUUUUAAAGAGUCACUUUUGCAAGGUACCCUUUGAUUUUAGGAAUAUGUUUGUUCCUGUUAGAGCGCCACCCCUGCACUCAAGUGUUACACAUUGGCUUCAUCUGCAGCUAAUAUUGGAAUUAAAAGGCUCGUGAAAUCUACUUGUGGUGUCAAGUG